UAGAGUGGACGCGGCGAUGGCGGUUCCGCAGCUUGUGAGGCUUGACAGCGACCUGGAGGACACGUCGAGAGGAUGUUUCUGGUGGUCUAGUCUCAGAAAUUAUAUCUCCAGUCUCCACAAUGAUUCCCUUCCAAGCCCAGUGGUGCCCCGUUGCCUGCAGGUUUCAGACUCCUAUGUGGACAAGAAAAGCUUACUAAGGAAAUGGUAAUUCUCCAGUUGCUCCCCGAGGUGCCAAGUGUCCAGUUACAGCCCAUGGAGAUCCACUUCAAUUAUGAAUCUCAAGAACACCACCUUCUGUCAGAUGGUGAGACUAAGACCAAGAUUGGAGAGGUGACUUCAGAGGAGGAAAUUACAACAAAAAUUGAACCAUUGCCUGAAGAGUCUGGCAACCCCAGAGAUGAUGUUCUCCAGGAUUCUGAAUGCAGAAGAUUCUAUGAAUUGGGGGAUAAAUUAAAUGAAAAGAAUCAAAACCUCCUUAAAAGAAGACAGAAUAACUGUGAUGAAUGUGGGCAAAGCUUUGCUUGGAGUACAGGCCUUACUAGGCACCAAAGAACCCACUGGGAGAAACCCUAUGAAUGUGAUAAGUGUGGAAAGGCCUUUGGUGUGAGCUCAGCUCUGGUUCUGCAUCAGAGAAUUCAUACAGGGGAGAAACCCUAUCCUUGUACUUGGUGCAUUAAAAGUUUCAGUCGGAGCUCAGACCUUAUUAAACAUCAAAGAGUCCACACUGGUGAAAAACCUUAUAAAUGUGAUGAAUGUGGGAAAGCCUUCAGUCAGAGUUCUGAUCUCAUUAUCCAUCAGAGAAUCCAUACAGGAGAAAAACCCUAUCAAUGCAGUCAUUGUAGUAAAAGCUUUAGCCAGCGCUCAGACUUGGUUAAGCAUCAGAGAAUCCAUACUGGAGAGAAGCCUUAUACAUGUAACCAGUGUAACAAGCAUUUUAGUCAGAGUUCUGAUGUUAUAAAACAUCAAAGAAUCCACACUGGGGAGAAACCAUAUAAAUGUGAUGUGUGUGGGAAAGCCUUCAGUCAGAGCUCAGAUCUUAUUCUGCAUCAGAGAAUUCACACUGGGGAGAAACCAUAUCCAUGUAGUCAGUGUAGCAAAAGUUUCAGUCAGAACUCAGACCUUAUUAAACAUCGAAGGAUCCACACUGGAGAGAAACCCUAUAAAUGUAAUGAAUGUGGUAAAGCUUUUAAUCAGAGCUCAGUCCUUAUUCUGCAUCAGAGAAUUCACACUGGAGAGAAACCCUAUCCAUGUAAUCAGUGUAGCAAAACCUUCAGUAGACUUUCAGAUCUCAUGAAUCAUCAAAGAAUUCACACCGGAGAGAAACCUUACCCAUGUAGCCAGUGCAGUAAAAUGUUUAGUCGAAGAUCAGACCUUGUUAAACAUAAUAGAAUUCAUACAGGUGAGAAGCCCUAUGAAUGUGAUGAGUGUGGGAAAACCUUUAGUCAGAGCUCAAAUCUUAUUCUCCAUCAGAGAAUCCACACUGGAGAGAAACCCUAUCCAUGUAGUGAUUGUACUAAAAGUUUUAGUCGUCGUUCAGACCUCGUUAAACAUCAAAGAAUACACACUGGAGAGAAGCCGUAUGCAUGUAACCAGUGCAAUAAAAGUUUCAGUCAAAGCUCAGACCUCACUAAACAUCAGAGAGUGCACUCUGGAGAAAAGCCCUAUCAUUGUGAUCAUUGUGAGAAAGCCUUCAGUCAGAGUUCUGACCUUAUUCUUCAUCAGAGAAUUCACACUGGAGAAAAACCAUACCCAUGUACACAGUGCAGCAAAAGUUUCAGCCAGAACUCAGACCUUAUCAAACACCAGAGAAUCCACACUGGGGAAAAACCAUAUAAAUGUCCUGAGUGUGGAAAGGCUUUCAGUCAGUGCUCAGCUCUUAUCCUACAUCAGAGGAUCCACACUGGGGAAAAACCAUAUUCAUGUGAUCAGUGUGGCAAAAGCUUUAGUCGGCGCUCAGAUCUCAUUAACCAUCAAAGAAUCCACACUGGUGAAAAGCCAUAUAAAUGUGAUGCAUGUGGGAAAGCCUUCAGCAUAUGCACUGAACUUACUGAACACCAGAGAAUCCACACUGGGGAGAGACCCCACACGUGUGUUCAGUGCAGCAGAAGUUUUAGCCAGCUCUCUGAUCUUAUUAAUCAUGAGACCGUCCAUUCUGGAGAAGACAGGCUAAGUGUGAUGAAUGUGGGAACACCUUUAGAGUAUACACCAACUUUAUUUCGUACCAGGGACACUAUACCAGAAAAAAAUCUUAGGAAUGCUAUUGAUGAUUAUGAAAAAGGUUUUAAUCAGUGCUCAACUCUUGUGCUACAUUAA